AUGCGCACCUCGCGCCUAUCGCGCGACUCGUCUCGCACUCUCGCCGCGAGCCGAUCACUACGUCAGACCCGCUCUGGCGCGAACCCGCCCAUCCACGAUGCUUCCGAUUCCGACUUGAGCUCUGUACCCACCGAUGCAGGCUCAGACGGCGAGUUCGCGACUCCUCCACCCAAGAGACGGAAGGCGGAGCGAGCCACUCGGGCGAAAGUCAAGCGUGAGAGCCAGGAUGUAUCGGUGACGAGCAUCGCAUCGCCAGAGAAGGAUGUCAACCCGAAGAGGGCACGCCGUGCGCCUGCAAAGAAGUCCAGCGGCGCAGACGGGAGCGUGAAGGUCGCACCACCGAGCAAUUGGGAAGAAAUCUAUGCCUUGACACGGGAGAUGCGUAAUGAGAACCUUGCGCCGGUAGACACCAUGGGCUGUGAGAGUCUGGCAGACAGGCAGAGGAGCCCACGCGACCAGCGGUUCCAGACUCUCAUAGCGCUCAUGCUGAGCAGUCAGACCAAAGACACAGUGACGGCCGUGGCCAUGCGAGGGAUGCAAGAGAGGAUGCCCGGCGGCUUCCAUCUCGAGUCCGUCCUCGCCCUCGAGCCCGCAGAACUGAACGGCUUCAUCAACAAAGUCGGCUUUCACAACCUCAAAACCAAGUACAUCAAGCAGACCGCGGAGAUCCUGCGCGACAGGUUUUCUUCAGACAUCCCCGACACCAUAGCCGGACUGGUCUCGCUGCCCGGUGUCGGUCCCAAGAUGGCCUAUCUCACGCUCAGCGCUGCAUGGGGCCGCGACGAAGGCAUCGGUGUCGAUGUACAUGUACAUCGUAUUACGAAUCUAUGGGGCUGGCACAAGACGCAGACUCCCGAGCAGACAAGAGCAGCGUUGGAGAGCUGGCUGCCAAAGGACAAGUGGCAUGACAUCAACAACUUGCUGGUCGGGUUUGGCCAGACCAUCUGCUUACCCGUGGGGAGGAAGUGUGGGGACUGCAAACUCAGCGAGAGGGGGCUUUGCCCGAGCGCGGUCGUGGGGAUGAAGAAGAAGAUCAAGAAGGAGGCUGUCGUCAAGGCUGAGCCUGGCGAGAACGCCGUGAAAGAAGAGACUGUUAUCGCUGAGAUCGGUCAAGUGAAGGCCGAGGACGUGGAUGUUGCGGUGGGCGAUAUCGAGGAUAUUGGGCAGACGCCUCGCACGCGAACAUGA